UAUUUUGCUCAUCUUUCUCUUUCUCUCUUAUUCUCAUUUUUAAGGUGCCGCCCGCCCUAUUCAUAUAUCUUGUACCUAGUUAUUCUUUUUAUUACCUUGACCCGCAACAUUGCGGCACGUCCGCAGCACAACUUGCAACACGUUGCCGUCUUGGAGAAUGCCGCCUGGGAACAAACAUUACCGCCACACUUUCAGAAUCCUUUUUAUAAGUCGCCACGCGUAAGACAUGCCCUGGCCAAGUCCAGCUGGUUUGGACCCGGUGAAGAAGUCGUUUAUGAACGUCAGGCUGAGAAAAUUCCACGCAUGGAGAUCUACAAUGUUCUUUCUCAUGCUGGUCUCAUACCACGUCGCCAGUAUUUCUAAUCAAGUCUAAACAUAUUUCAAAUUGUUACAUAUUGUAUAUAUCUUUAAAAAAUGAAAAAUUAAAGAAA